GCGACCAGCGACGACCGCGCGCCACCGCGGUUCUACCACUGAUUAGAACACGACUGCAACACGGUCCGUAGCUGCUGCAGUAGUACUAUUACAGCGCCCGCAGACCGCGUCCAGUGUCCCGCUGUCGCCGAGUAGACGGUUGUGCUCCAAGUCUGUACUCGGCGCAGUCGCGUCUCUCAAGUCCGUCUACUGAUCGGCCCGGUCGAGUACCCACCACUUACCGCUGUGGAAAAGCGCGCACGACACGGGCUCGGGGCACAUGGUUUGAUAACGUUGCCAGCAGAGCUACAGCUGCAGCCCGACAAUAUCACAGUCGGCCGAAGACGACGACGACGAUAGUCUUCGUGUUUUCUCAAUAGUGUUUGCGUUUUGACGAUUUUCCACCACUGCGCCCUCGUCGUUGCUCGACCGCGGAGGAAUGCCUCCGGGAGACUCGAUAACCGUUCAUACGUAGUCUGGCGUGUACUAUUGGCGACUGCUUUGUUCGACUACUUGUACUGCGGUGCGCCGACCGACGAUCUGGACAAAUGGCGAGGUCGGACGACUCGUACAAAGAAGGAUAUCUCUACUUUCCGCCUCACGGAGUACUAUCGCAGCUAAAGAAAUCCUGGCAGAAACGUUAUUGUAGAUUAUUCAAAUGGAGUAAACAUGGUAUAGAUCGCCUGGAAGUAUUUGACGGUACUGAAGACCAGAAAUCUUCAAAUAUUGCCUCUAUAAUACCAUUGGAAAGCUGUGUGAAAAUCACACAAGAUGCUCAAAAACAUCAACCUAAUGUGUUCGCGGUUUGGACAAAAACCGGUGUUCAUCAUUUUGCUGCAAACAAUGAACAAGAAAUGACUGACUGGAUAUGUGCUUUGCAAGCUGUGGCAUUUAGAGAUAAUGUUUCAAGACAAACAAUUGAAGAAGACAAUGAUUUAUAUUGUUCAUCUGGAGAUGCUGGUGUUUUUAGUGUUAAAUUAAUAUCAUCUGAUGCCAGUGAACGUUGUGGUUUAAAAGAACAAACUUAUACAUUAGUCAUUACUCCUGUCGCUCUACAAUUACGAGAGUCUGAUGAAAAUGAUACACUACUUCUAACGUGGCCAUAUAGAUUUAUUCGAAGAUAUGGGUAUAGAGCUGGUAGAUUUACAUUUGAAGCUGGUCGCAAAUGUGCUAGCGGUGAAGGCGUGUUUCAUUUGGAACAUUCAAACCAACAGGAGAUAUUUCGAUGCAUUUCAUCAAAAAUGAAAAGUAUGAAAAAACUAUUGAAUGGUGGAGGUGAUGCAACAUCCAUCAUGUGUGGUGAUAAUCAGUUCAGAGCAGCUUUAUCUAUGAUGGCCCGUUCUCGAAGCCCUUUACCGCCAUCACCCACUAGUACUACUCCAUUAAUUUUGGACAAUGAUUUUAAUAGCUUUUCUUGUUCAAUCAAACCUCUUAUGCCUCUACCAACAUUAUUAGUACCUCCAACUACAUCUCCGCCGCCACCACCACUAAAACCAAAACCAAAGGCAAUUUUUUCCAAAAAGCUACCUACUCCUUUUAUGAACGACCCUUACAACGAAACUAAAGAAAUAGAAUCACCAGAUGCAGCAUAUGAAGAUGUCCAAGUGAGAAAUGACGCCUGGAGGACUAUGGGCUUAAAUGAUUCAAAUCAUUGCGAAAAACCUUAUGCUAGUAAUACUAUAAUAUCUGAUGAUGGUGCUGAACAUUAUGACCAUCUACAACAUUUUGGUUUCAUAUCUAAAACAGCACCUGGAUAUAGACAAAUUCAUCCUAUUGCUUUAACAACAAAACAAAAAUCCAUAGUUAAAGCAGAUACCGUGAUGAUGCCUGCUCGUAAAGCUGACGAUUCACAUUACGGUUAUGGUACUAUCAAUAAAAAAAACUCGACCGAAGAAAAUCGCUCAAAUAACGAGUCUUUGGAUUCUGUAGCACACAAUGAAUUGCAAUAUGCUAUGGUCUUCAAGCCUAAUAAGGUCUAGUCUUAUUUUUAUUAUUAAUGAAAACCAAUUUUUAAAUUUAUAUAUUUUUUAUUAUAUUUUCCUAUGUCUAUACAAAAUGUCAUAUAUUUAUUACAUAUAGAUUCUGACAUGGAAGAAAUUAA